AUCUUCCCAAGCUGCUGCACCUUUUAAUUUGCACAAAGAAUUUGAUCUGAAGCAGGGAGGAACAGGAAUGGCGUCAACCAGGUCCUCCAGCUACAUCCUCCUCUCGGCUGCGGUUCUGCUGUCCGUCCUCGCCGCCACCGCCGCCGCUGCCAACUGGUGCGAGCCAGGGCUAGUCAUCCCACUCAACCCGCUCCCGAGCUGCCGCACGUACAUGGUUCGCCGGGCCUGCGGCGUCAGCAUCGGCCCCGUCGUCCCCUUGCCGGUGCUGAAGGAGAGGUGCUGCUCGGAGCUGGAGAAGAUCGUUCCCUACUGCCGGUGCAGCGCGCUGAGGACGGCACUGGACAGCAUGAUGACCGGCUACGAGAUGAGGCCGACCUGCUCUUGGGGCGGGCUGCUUGAAUUCGCCCCGACCCUCGUGUCGGAGGCGGAGUGCAACCUGAGGACCAUCCAUGGCCGGCCCUUCUGCUACGCGCUCGGAGCUGAAGGAACAACGACAUCCGAUUAGGUUCCCGUAAAUUCAAUGUAUAUGCCGGUGUGUGCAAUGAAUAAUAAUAAGGCCGGGGAACAAGCAGUUCUCUCUUGUUAUUUUCUUUAAUUUGAAAGUGACCUAGGUGUUGAGAGAAAAA